UGGAGGUUGUUGUGGUUCCGAGGGUUGCGCGAGAAGCUGCUGCUGCUGAGGCGGUGGCCACGCUGCCCGCCCCGGGCCUCUCGGCCUCUCGGCUCGUCUCCCAGCCUCGCCUGAGCCCGCCGGGGCCCGCGCCGGCCAGCGCCUGCCCUAUGAGUGUGUCACUGGUUGUCAUCCGCCUGGAGCUCGCAGAACACUCGUCGGUCCCCGCCGGCUUCGACUUCAGCGCCGCCGUCGGGGAAAUGUCUGAUGAGGAGAUCAAAAAGAAGACACUAGCUUCAGCAGUAGCCUGUUUAGAAGGGAAGUCACCAGGGGAGAAAGCAGCAAUCAUACAUCAGCACCUUGGCCGUCGGGAAAUGACAGAUGUGAUCAUUGAAACCAUGAAGUCUGACCCAGAUGAGCUGAAAGCUGCAGUGGAAGAAAGGAAGUCUUCUGAAGCAUCCCCCACUGCACAGAGAAGUAAAGAUCAAAGUAAAGAAUGCGUAAAUGCUGCUCCUGAUUCUCCAUCCAAACAGCUUCCAGACCAGAUUUCAUUCUUCAGUGGAAAUCCCUCAGUUGAAAUAGUUCAUGGUAUUAUGCAUCUGUACAAGACAAAUAAGAUGACCUCCUUAAAAGAAGAUGUGAGGCGCAGUGCCAUGCUGUGUAUUCUCACAGUCCCUGCUACAAUGACCAGUCAUGACCUUAUGAAGUUUGUCGCCCCAUUUAAUGAAGUAAUUGAACAAAUGAAAAUCAUCAGAGACUCUACUCCAAAUCAAUAUAUGGUGCUGAUAAAGUUUAGUGCACAGGCUGACGCUGAUAGUUUCUAUAUGGCAUGCAAUGGCCGCCAGUUCAACUCAAUAGAAGAUGACGUUUGCCAGCUGGUCUAUGUGGAGAGGGCCGAAGUACUGAAAUCUGAAGAUGGCGCCAGCCUCCCGGUGAUGGACCUGACUGAGCUCCCCAAGUGCACCGUGUGCCUGGAGCGCAUGGACGAGUCGGUGAAUGGCAUCCUCACCACCUUAUGUAACCACAGCUUCCACAGCCAGUGUCUGCAGCGCUGGGACGACACGACGUGCCCUGUUUGCCGAUAUUGUCAAACACCAGAGCCGGUAGAAGAAAAUAAGUGUUUCGAGUGUGGUGUUCAGGAAAACCUUUGGAUCUGUUUAAUCUGUGGGCACAUAGGAUGUGGGCGGUACGUGAGUCGACAUGCCUAUAAACACUUUGAGGAAACCCAGCACACGUAUGCCAUGCAGCUCACCAACCAUCGAGUCUGGGACUACGCCGGAGAUAAUUAUGUCCAUCGACUGGUUGCAAGUAAAACAGAUGGGAAAAUAGUACAGUAUGAAUGUGAGGGUGAUACUUGCCAGGAGGAGAAAAUAGAUGCCUUACAGUUAGAGUAUUCAUAUUUACUAACAAGCCAGCUGGAAUCUCAGCGAAUCUACUGGGAAAACAAGAUAGUUCGGAUUGAGAAGGACACAGCAGAGGAAAUUAACAACAUGAAGACUAAAUUUAAAGAAACAAUUGAGAAAUGUGAUAAUCUGGAGCACAGACUAAAUGAUCUUCUGAAAGAAAAGCAGUCAGUGGAAAGAAAGUGCACUCAGCUGAACACGAAAGUGGCCAAACUCACCACGGAGCUCAAAGAGGAACAGGAGAUGAACAAGUGUUUGCGAGCCAACCAAGUCCUCCUGCAGAACAGGCUGAAGGAGGAGGAGAGGAUGUUAAAGGAGACCUGCGACCAGAAGGACCUGCAGAUCACCGAGAUCCAGGAGCAGCUGCGGGACGUCAUGUUCUACCUGGAGACGCAGCAGAAGAUCAACCACCUGCCCGCCGAGACGCGGCAGGAAAUCCAGGAGGGACAGAUCAACAUUGCCAUGGCCUCGGCCUCCAGCCCCCCGUCUUCGGGCACCGGUGGGAAGCUGUCCUCCAGGAAGGGCCGCAGCAAGAGGGGCAAGUGACCUUCAGAGAAGCCGAUGUCCCCGAGACUGUUUUCCCCGGCUCAGCGUGGGCUUGCUGGGGCCUCAGCUGAGUGUGAGGGUGGACCCUGAAUAAGUACAAGUGAGGAUCAACCCGCAGUCGUCUGGACCUUUCAUUUGCUAGUGUGUGUGUGACGCAGGGCGAGGGCUGCCGACCAGGAGAGCUGAAGGAAGGGGGCAGUGUUUUAGAUUUAGAAGGUGGCUGCUUUUUUCAACCGGAAUAGUUCACUAACCUCAGACGUUCUGACGACCAUUUUGCCUUCCUACUUGAGAGAUGCCCCAACUCUGCUGUGCAAUUGUCCGUCGUAUUUAUUGAGUUGUCUUUGACAUUCAGUUCUGGGCUCAGAUUAAGAGGUCACAUUUUUUUUUUGUCCCCUCGAAGGUAACGUGACCUAGCCCUAAAGCACCAGACCUCCCCAAGGUCAUAGCACGUUCUUGAGAAAGAGGUUCCUUGGGCACUGAGGAGUUAUGAAAAUUCCCUAGCGUAAGUCUCCUGUCACUGUUCAUCCCUCCCUGCCUCUGGGGAAUUGAAGAAUUGGCUGAAUGUCACAAGAGGCUGGGUCUGUAAACCAGGCACUGGCCUGUCCCCAGCAGCCGUCUCCUCUUGCUCCAGGUCUACCCAGUGAAAACAGACAGCCCCGGCCAGACCCAGUGGACCCAGUGUAGGGAAAAAUGGUGGCAUUCCCACUUUGUUUACUUGUGAUGCCUCCCGCCUCAUUGUGAACCUCAAAGAAGGAGGCUUAAAAAGAAUGUUUGCUCCAACACUCAAAUUUCAGAGUGGAUUUUCUAGCACCCAGCAAGGAUAAGCAGGCAUUUAUCAGCCGUAUGAAAAGGCAGAGUGAGGCCGCUGGCGGGCUGGCUGGCUGGCUGGCUGGCUGCUGUGUAGUUCGCUGGGAUCAGUAUUUACUGAGUGUUUACAAAAGACUGGGCUGCGUGUUCAGGUUGUGGCUAGUGGGAGCUUGGGCAGAUUUUCAAUUUUGCUUUCAAGAUAUAACCAAAGGCUGUUGCUAAAUCUGAAAACUCGAAUUUUAACAAAGGUCCCUUUAAAACAGCCAUAUAAUGCUUGUGGGCCAACAGAGGGACUGAGUACCUUCUCUAGAAACAGAAAUGUCAAGUAAUUCAUGAUAGGCAGUAAUUGAGCCAAAUUAAAGUAAGACCUGUUUUGAAAUUUAGCUUCCAGAAGACUUAGCUGGAUAGGUUAACAAGGCGUACUGUUAAAUGAUGAGUUUUACUUUGUCUUUAUAAUUAGCCAAAGUUUUCAAAUUAUCACACUAAAGAAUUGGUUUUUAGCCUAUGAUUAGGCCUCAUCCUCUCCGACCUAAAUGUCUUACAUGUUACUUGUUAGCACGCCAGCUGUAUCCCUAAAUCACCGUCCGUUUUUGUGGGAUGCGCUGCAGCGUCUCCCAGAGGACCUCACCUGUAACUUGGCAACAUGAAUGUACUCAGACGUUCUCAAUUGUUACGUAGGGCAGACCAACUCUGUAAGUCCCCCCGGAUUUACGUAUACAGAUAUCUUAAAGCAAGCACGGGAGUGGGAAGCAGAACAUAAUUCUCUUUCCUAUAGAGAUUCUAUUUUAUUUAAAAUCUAUUUUUACACUAGUUAGAAUCCUGCUUUUUUGGCCAAGUAUUUGUCUUGCAUGUCUGACCUUGCAGAAGCUGGGGUAGAUGGUAGCAUACGAACCAAGAGAACCGGAAGUAGUUUACGAAGCUUGCUCGCUCCUCAUCUCUGUGAUCACCUCCGUCAGGCAGCCCAGCUGGGAGAAGAGUUUCAGUACAGGUGGGAUAAGUGCUCUGAAGGGCUGUGCCCAGAGGAAUGAGCAGAUAGGCAAAUGUUUCUAAACUACUUGAAGGUUUUUAAAAAAAAAAGUUCCAGAAAAAAAUCUUCUCAAGAUAUGUAAAGAAAAAAAAAUUUUUUUUAAACCAGUCACAGUCAUGUUUGAAUCUGACAAAAUUACUUAAGAUAGAAGCUGUUAGUGUUUUCUGCAGGAUGGAAAUGAACCACUUAACAUAUCCAGACUACCUUGAACAGUGAAAUUGCAUUAAAAUAACCCAACUUGGAAA